CAAGAACGCCAUUUUGCAAAGGCCGCGCGUACACUUCAUGUUUGCGAGUGGAAAACUUGCUGCCGCAGUGUGAAAAUUACCGACACACCAGCCCCGUAUUCAAUCGGCCAAGGAUGUGCUUUUCCUAGGCGUGUAGGUGGGUGCUUCCAGUGCACAGAUAUCGGUCCGCGCUUCACCGCAACCGAACGGCGAUUGGUCUGCGGACCGCCCUUGCUGGUGUCGAACGUUUUGCCGGGGCCGACGAAAAAUAGUGUCGGGGGGUGACGAAAAAAGUGGUGAAAAUUCGGACGAUUCUGGUGCUCUGGUGCGUACGUGUGUUUUUCACUUUUUGUCCGGUGUCCGGCCGAUCCGGGCAACAACUCAUUGGGGAAAAGUUGCGGGACCGUGGUGUAUUUUGUGUUCGGUUGAGUGAGCUGAAACGAACGGCCGCAGGAUGAUGUUCACUGGUACGAAUCAGCAGCAGGAUUCGCGGUUCUCCGACAAGGAGAAGAAGCUGCUGAAACAGAUGAAGUUCAGUGAUAAUCUCAACAAACGGGUCGAUAUGUCGAAGGUAAAGCUGGACGUGUUGCGCCCGUGGAUCAGCCAGAAGAUUACCGACAUGCUCAACAUCGACGACGACGUGAUCGUGGAGUUUGUGUACAACCAGCUCGAGGAGGAAAAGUUCCCCUGUCCGAAAAAGAUGCAAAUCAAUCUGACCGGCUUUCUGAACGGUAAAAACGCGCGCCUCUUUAUGGAAGAUCUGUGGACGCUGCUGCUAUCGGCACAGGACUCCGAAACCGGCAUACCGGAAGAGUUCAUACAGGCGAAGAAGGAGGAAAUUUUAAAACGCGAAGAGGAAGCACGGCUUCAGGAGGACGGUGGCCGCGGGCACCGGUCGCGAAGCCAACCCCGCGACAAAGAGGACGGUGGUGUCAAGGCAAAGCCGAACAAAAGUGCUCCGCGCCAAAUGUACAAACCCGAACCGGAGGACUACAUCGAUGAGGAGGAAAAAAUGAUCGAAGAGUUUGUAGAGGCCGAAGUUCCGAAGGAAUCGAAAAAGGUAGUGCCGGCGCCGGUUCUGCCGGUCGCAACCGCAACGCCCGAGGAACUGGCAAACGCUGAAAGUAAGCAGGCGGAAGUGGCGGACAAGGGCUCGAAGGAUCAUUCUUCGACGCGCCGUAAAUCGACGGAACGGGCCAAAUCCGGUGAACGGAAUAGUGAUUCGAGAGCGCGUAGAAAAUCGCGCGACCGUUCACGAUCACGCACCGACCGGAGGGCAUCGUCUCGCGAUCGAAGAGGAUCUUCCCGCGAAAGGCGAUCCUCUAGGGAUCGUAGACGGUCCCGCUCUCCGCGGCGAUCGUCGGAUCGUUCGCGCAAACGCGGCAGCAGCCGAUCUCCGAGGGACAAGCGUACAAACGAUCGCGACCGAAGGCGUUCGCGGAGUAGCUCUCUGUCGAGGAAGGAAAGCAAGAACAGUAAUGGUAACGCUGCCGCCCUGUCGAAGGUCCAGUCGAAGUUGAUGAACAUGGCGGAGGGAAAGAAGCUGGCAGCGAACAAAAAAAGUCCCAGCCGCUCGUCAGCAGAUUCACGUUCCCGUAGCAGGUCGGGGUCUGCAACGAAAGAGAGUGCCCGCAAGAAGAGUGCUAGUCGUUCUCGAUCCCCAUCGAAAUCAAGAUCGAGAAAAGCGAUAAAGGGUAACCGUAGCUCCCGAUCUCACAGCUCGAAUUCAAACUCAUCCGGUUCGUCGUCGUCCAGCGCAAGCGAAAGCGAGAAGAAAACCAAAGGCCCGGGAGGUUCGUCAGGUGUGACCGGCAAAAAGCGCAACGGACGCAACAGUCGCAGCCGUAGCCGAAGCCACAGCCGCAAUCGGCGCGACACAUCGAGAAGCCGUUCGGGCAGCAGCCGGUCAUCGUCGUCGCGCGGCCGCAAGAAGGAUGAUUUCGAGAUUCAGAAGAAGGAAAACAGUAUCCAAAAGAAGCGCCACUAUCGCUCGAACAAAGAUUCGUCCGAUUCGGAAGCGGGUGACGGUGGCCGUAACUCGACGGCCAAAGGUUCCGCUGCGUCCCGCCGCCGUCCCGGUGAUGGUAAUGGGGGCGGUGGUAGGUUCGGUGGUCGGGACAACACCAGGAACCGGGAUCGACGAUCGCUGUCGCGUGGUCGCGGUCGGGAUGAUGGGCCCGGGCGUGGACGGGGUGGUGGUGGUGGUCGUUCAAGAUCUCGGUCGAGGAAUCGAUCCCGUUCGCGGUCACGCAACCGAUCGCGAUCGCCCAGGAGACGGUCCCGAUCGCCCGGUGGACGGCAAGGUGGGCGUGGAAAUGUUCGUGAUAGCAAUUAUGGACGUCGCCGUUCUCCACCCAUAUCACGGCAGGGUGGCCCCGGCGGCCGAGCUUCAGAAAGAGACAUUCGCGACCGAGAGCGGGGUGACCGGGACCGUGAGCGUGAACGAGAGCAGCGAGACCGUGACCGUGAUCGCAAUCAGCAGCAGCAGCAGCAGCAGCAGCGUUACUCGGGAGGUAAUGGGCCACCACGCCGCGGUUCAUCCCGCGAGCGGGACCGUGAGCGUGAGCGAGGCGCUGCCUCGUCCGCACACACCGGGACCAACAAUAACAAUUCUCACAAAUGGCGUCGUUCGGACGAGCCACAGCGGGGUGAACCACAACGACAGCAACGGCAGGAGAUGGGUCCGCCGGCCUCGAACCGGUACGACGAUCGCGAACGAAACAGCCACCGGGAUUCGUCCGGUGGCGGUAAUCGGACGACUGGUGGUCGGCGUAGCAAUAGCACGGAACCGCAAGAUCGGUUCAAAGGCAACCAGGGCGGUCCGGCACGGGGUGGCAAUAGGAAAGCUUCACAGAGUCCUGCCGAAUCCACCGGCAGCCGCCGAUCGGCAACGAAAGGAGAUUCUACCGAACGUUUCGACGAUGGUGGUGUGCAAUCGGAACGUCAUCGUAAUUCCUCCGAAGGUGCACGACCGGACAAAGCAUCGGUCAGAGAAGAUAGCUCCGAAAGGGAAGAAAAAAUGCGAGCGAGCAACCCGUCUGUCGGGGCUCGCAAACAGACGCAAGAGCCAGCAGCGGUUAAUACUGCUGCCCCAGCGAGCACAGCACGCCGGUCCAACGAUGCUCAGAUUGUAAGGGAAGCAAGUAAAGCACAGGACGAAAGUAGAAAGCCAGCAAAGUCGGCCUCGUCCCAGGCCAACAGCGCACGGUCCGAUCGGGGCUACAGAAGCAGUCUGUCGAGAACUCCAUCGCCCUUCCUGAAGCCACACGAACUCGAAGCAGCAGCGGCAGCGGCAGCUCACCCGAAUGCUGCCCCGGGUGCCAAUUCUGCCGCAUCCUCCACAGCCGUUUCAUUCGACCAGAAAAAGCAGCAGCAGCAGCAGCAAAAGUUAGUCAACAAGUCCAGCCGGCAAAAGAAGCAGCAUCAGCGUGCAAGCUCCGACAGCGAUGACGACGACAGUUCCGGCAGUGACAGUGAUGAUUCGCGAGAGGAAAAGCAAUCGAAAAAGGCCACCGUGUUCAGCAGGCGCGGUGAAGUGAAUGAGGAUAAGGAGGAGAAUGAUAAAAAAGCUUCGAUGGCGACGGGUCACAAAAAGCGAAAGCAGAAGCGAAAGCCGGAAUCUAAAAAGCGAAGCAAACAACAGCACCAUCGUCGCUCCUCUUCGUCCUCUUCCUCAUCGAGCAGUGGGGACGAUGAGGAGGAGGAGGAGGAGGACGACGACGACGACGAGCGGGUAGCCGCCGCCGGAGACGAUCCAUCGUCCGGGGAGGAACGUAAAUCUCGCGCCAAGGAUCGUCGGGAACCAAAGAAAGUGUCUGGUGGUUCGGGUAAGGGAGCGAUAAAUGCUGCGGCCCCCCCAGCACCAGCCUUGGAUCACGAUCGCCAGCGUAAGCAGCAGGGACACGCGAAGGAAGGUGACAGCCGGAAGGCGCACCGUGACAGUACGUCCUCGGUCGAACAGCAGCAGCACGGAGGUGGUAAGAAACGAAAGCAUUCCACUUCCGAAAGCAAUUCCCGGGCACCGUUGCAACAGCCGGAAGAGGCCACCGCGUCGAAGCUUUCGAAAACGCUCAGCAGCACCAACAAUAGCAACAGCGUGUCCUCGUCGAAGGGCAAACACGCCGCCAAGGUGGCCGAACCACCGAAUCGUUCGUCCUCGUCGAGCGACGAUUCGGACGAUGAUCGGCAGCGAAAGAAACGCCGCAAGGAGAAGAAACGCGCGCGGAACGUUUCGCCCGACGAGGCGAGCGCUUCAUCCGGCAGCAAGCGCAGCAAGAAACACAAGAAGCACCGGAAACACGCCAAGAAGCACAAGAAACACAAGAAGCAUAAGAAGAGCGGCAAGGCUAGCGGCAAGUAUCAUCGGAACAGCUCGUCCUCCUCGUCGGAUGAGGAGGAAGGUGGGCCGGCGGUAGUGCGGUCGAAAAAGAGCAUCCUAGCGAUCGGUGGUGCCGGUACGGUGAUCAACGAUGAUCUGGAGAAGCAGCUGCGCGAACGGGCCCUCAAGUCGAUGAAAAAGCAGCAAAGCAUCUCGGACUGAAGGAUCUGCGGCGCCCGCCGAACCGGGACGGCCACGAACGAUCCGUCGGUUGAUGAUGAUUGUAUAGAUAGGCAUUAUAUAUAGGGUCGAUCCGCAGGACAGGGCCAGAGAAAGGAAUUGGUUCGGAGAGCGCACGCGAGAGAGAGAGAGAGAGAGAGAGAGAGAGAGAGAGAGAGAGAGAUUUCAAACAUCAGCAACGUAUGGUUGGAUCAAAGCAAGCACGUCAUGGCAUGCUUUUCCUACAUCCAUCCCACGAUUUAUAGGGGCGGAAUCAUAGAGCAAGGAAGCUGAAGAUGAUGAUGAUGGUACGAUUGAACCAAUCGUAUCGAUUAACUCCUGCUACAUUACUACGUAGAUUAAAAUAGGCGAUUUUAAGGGGGGUGUGUGAAUCUGUUUGCGUUUGUGUGUGUGUGUGUGUGUGUGUGGAGUAGCACUUUUCACGGAUAACAAAACAACACACCCAAAUUCUAGAUUCACUUAAUGAUAAGGAAGUGCGAGAGGGGAAUGAUGAAAGGGGCUAGGGGGAGGGCGCAUGAGAGGGAGGCAGCUUGCCAAGAGUGAUUGACAAGAUGGUGUACAGCUUUAAAGCUAAAGCUUUUACAGUUUCGCUGUAAGAGUGUAGUACAUACAUCCUGACAGCGUGCGAAUGUAUUGUUAAGGUAGAGUUUUACAAACCCCCCCCGUGUGUGUGUUAGUGUUUACAAUCGAUCAGAGGUCAUCUGCUACAGCCGCGUGACGCGCGAUGGAGGAGACUUUUCCGACGACUUUCCGCGACGUGUGUUGCCAUGACGAUGACGCAGUGUGUAUAGAAAAAACGCUCUUUCUCUAUAUUUUAUUUGUCACCACCACACUCUACUGGUCUCUACUCUCUGUGUACACGCAAAACCUUCAUCUGUCUGUCUCGCUCUCCCGCUCUCUUGCACCAACUCGCUAUCGAUCUCUCUUUCCAUCCCGAUCUAUAUCCUUUUUCUUUCAAAUUUUAACCGACCGAAAUGCUGUUGAUGGUCGUCUGUGUAAUGAUGAUGAGGCAAUUAUACUAAAAGAAACACAAACAAAACAGCAAACAGAUUAAGAUUUAAGUAACCAAAAUUAGACUAGAGAACCGUGCGAGAAAGAGCACCACAUUGCAUUGAAAAAAUCGCGUAUGUAAGAAAAGGGUUAUAAUAAAUUAACGCAAUUCUCUUUUAUGCCUCCCUGUUUCCUUCACCACCACCACCAACCACCACACGUCCUCCUUCCGGCUGGGCCUUUCUUCGGGGGCAAACGACGGCGUGUUGGCAGCAAUAUGAACAGUUCACUUUCGAAGAAGCAGUGUUAGUAGCAACACUUACAUUUACUCAGCGUACGAAAGGGGGUGGAGAAAAACAAAAUGCAGUAUAAACAAACAAAAAAAGAUACACUAGUGUGAGGUAACUUAUAGUACACUGAAUUUCGGCAUUGUUCAAGUGGGGGUGGCUGCUGGACGCAGCGAGCAAAGCAAGCAAACAAGACAAGCAUUACUAUUACUGGAAACAAUUGUAGACAAACCGACUUUCAACCAAGCAAAACACGAAUAAAGAAUAAUCAUAGAAAAUA